ACUUGCCCCACUCCCUCCUCCCUACUAUAAUGCUAGCUAAGAUGGUGGUUUGAGCGUAAUUUGUCUUAACAAUACCAAGAAAAGAAAGGGCAAAACAUCUUUACAGCCUCCCGAUUAGAACAGAACCCCACGAUUACCGCUAUCGUAAGUUACCAUAUUUAGAAAUUUCACCGUUUCAGGUACAUUGGCUUGCAGCCCCCGCCCAGUUUGGUGUGACUCCUUUGGAGUGGAAUCCUAAGCUAAAUACGGACAGGCCCUGUGCUCUGUGACCAGCUCCAGUACUACUCAACGUCGCCGUGCAAUAGGAUGUCCCACAGCCCUGAAAUGAAGGACGACCCCAUGGAGUGCCCUCUGUGCAUGGAGCCACUGGAGAUUGAUGACGUCAAUUUCUUCCCCUGCACUUGUGGCUACCAGAUCUGCCGCUUCUGUUGGCACCGCAUCCGCACAGAUGAGAACGGCCUCUGYCCCGCCUGCAGAAAGCCGUACCCAGAGGACCCCGCCGUGUACAAGCCUCUGUCACAGGAGGAAAUCCAAAGGAUAAAGAAUGAAAAGAAGCAGAAACAGAACGAGAAAAAGCAGAAGGUGACAGAAAAUCGCAAGCAUCUGGCGAGCGUCAGAGUGGUCCAGAGGAACCUGGUGUUUGUGGUGGGGCUGUCGCAGCGGCUCGCUGAUCCUGAAGUCCUAAAACGACCAGAGUAUUUUGGGCGAUUUGGGAAAAUCCAUAAAGUUGUCAUCAACAACAGCACAUCGUACGCAGGUUCACAGGGGCCCAGUGCCAGCGCUUAUGUCACUUACAUCCGUUCCGAAGACGCUUUAAGAGCAAUACAGUGUGUGAACAAUGUGGUCGUCGACGGGAGAACACUCAAGGCUUCUUUAGGCACAACAAAAUACUGCAGUUACUUCCUCAAAAGUAUGCAAUGCCCCAAACCUGAUUGUAUGUAUCUACAUGAGUUGGGGGAUGAAGCAGCUAGCUUUACUAAAGAGGAGAUGCAGGCGGGGAAACAUCAAGAGUACGAGCAGAAACUCCUCCAAGACCUCUACAAAAUAAAUCCUGGUUUUCUACAACCUCCAGCUUGUGGGACAGAAAAGUCAAAGAGUAAACCCAACUCCACACAGAGAACUAACAGUAGCAACGGUAAAGACGGCUGGCCGACGCUGUCGGGGCACAACAAACUGGCCAACGGACUUUCAGAAGACCGCAAGUCCCCUCCGCUGUUAGACUAUCUAGACCAGGAAGCUAGUAAUUCAGAUGGGCUAGAAUCAGAGUUGGGUCCAGGCCAGCGUCCCACCCUAUCCCCCUUCUCCUCCAACUGUGACAGUAAUAGUCCCAAUGACAAACCUCCAGAAUCAAUCGGUAUGGUCAAUGGAGAAACUUUACAACAGAUGCCCACAAGUGACUCCCCUUCCCCUCCCCCGGGUCUAACGAAACCCAUCCUGGUGGUGCCCAUCAGCAUGUCGGACCUCUCGGCCCGUUCGCCCUUUGAGGGUGCUGCGGCAGAGUCCCAGUCGCUUUUUUCAGACAACAGUAACUUCAGACAUCCAAACCCUCUCCCCGCUGGCCUGCCCCCUUUCCCCAGCUCCUCCCGCGGCAGUUCCGACUGGCCCAUGACACCAGAACCACAGAUACUCUUCACAUCAGACACAAUACCAGUGUCUUCCUCAACAGACUGGCAAGCGGCCUUCGGUUUCGGCUCCUCCAGCAAACAGCAGGACGACGACCUGGGCUUCGACCCCUUCGACGUCACCCGCAAGGCUCUGGCCGACCUGAUAGAGAAGGAGCUAUCGGUUCAGGAUCAGAGCCCCUCGUCUCCCGGGCCGCUCGCGCCGGGGAGCGGCCACGGUCCGGGCCUGCCGCCGUCCAAUCUCAGCACAUCCCACCACUUCCCCGGCGGCCUGCCGCGCGUCCACCCGCUCCACCACAGAGCCUUCUACAGCUCCUUCAGUUUCCCCGGCGGCCACAACAGCCAGGCCGGUCAGCAGCAGCAGCAGCCCCCCGCCACCAGACACCCCUGGAUGGGCAUCCCCACACGAAACAACCUCGCACACUUGAACCACUCAGCCAGUGCUGCCUCACACAGUAACAUCCUGGACCUGAAUCUGCCCCCUCAGCACAACACGGGGCUGGGAGGGAUCCCCAUCUCAGAAAACAGCAGCUCUAUAGACGGCCUAAAUGUGAAAGAGUGGCAGGACGGACUGAGAGCUCUUCUGCCCAACAUCAAUAUCAACUUUGGUGGCCUCCCCAACUCCUCCUCCUCUUCAUCUUCCUCGUCCUCCAACAGUGUUAACCACAUCGGUGGGCCGGCGGGGCCGGCAGGCAUUUCACACAGCCUCAGCUGGGACAGCACGGCCAGCUGGAUGGAUCCUGCCAUCAUCACAGGCAUCCCCGCCUCGGCCGGCAGCAGUUUAGACUGUCUCCAAGACGACAACCCGCCACACUGGCUCAAGUCCCUGCAGGCGCUAACAGAGAUGGACGGUCCAGCCAGCUCCGCGGUGCCCGCCCCCCCACAGCCCCUCCACAGCGGCCUUCUCGACGGCCACCUCCCCCUCCACCACAGAGCCCCCAGCGGCUGGGCUCCCUACCUGCCCCCUCCCACAGCCAACCCCACCGGUCAGUUCCACUCCCCUCCACCAGGCUUCCAGACCGCCUUCAGACCCCCAGGACAGCCCGCCACAGAGCUACUACAGAGUGCCGCUGUGGAUCGCCACUGAAUAGACUGGAGCAAACAUCCGAUCCCACCCCACCCCUCCCUUCUUCCCCACCCCGCCCACCCCACUUUGUACCCACUCAUCCUGUCCCCCUCUCCCUUCUCUCCCAAUGCAAUACACACCAAUCUGCAGAGUAUGAAAAAUUAACAAAAUAACAAACUUGCUUUCUUCUUUG